UUAAAGUGGAGAAAAUUUAUGAAAUAAAUGAAUUAUUUUUAGAUAUUAAGAAAUAAUAAAUUUCAAUAUAAAAAAAUUUAGAAAACUCAAAAAUAAAUCAUAAGUAUGGGAAAUUGUUGUCCUUAAUAAGAAAUACAAAAUAAUGAUGUAAUUUAAAAGAAAAAUAAAAAGAAAAAAAUGAUUUCAAAUAAUAUUUCUAUAGAAUAAAUUAGAUAGAUAAGAAUAUAAAACUUUGAAAAAGAAAUCAACUAAAAUACAGAAUCUCAAUAAAAUAAUUUUUAGAGAAAAGAUGUUAUUUAGACAAAUUUAUCAAUAGAGAAUAGCGCUUUAUUAGAUUCAUAAUCAAAUUUUUUUAAAAAUGAUGAAAUUAAUGCAGUAUAAAUUCAGUCAGAUUUUAAAGAUAUUAGUUAAAGCAACGAAAUUGUCAUACAAGACUUAUAAUUUGAAAUAAAAAACGAGCCAAAUUAAAUAUAAUAUGAAGAAAAGUAAAGCUUAGAAAGAGAAUAAGAUAACUUAUACGAUAUUGAAAUCUAUGAAAAAAUUAAAUUUUUGCUUUAACCCUGCAUUUUUUUCUCUAAUAUGGUAAUUUAUAAUUAGAUUUUAUUUUAAAAAUAAAAAUAAGCUAAAAUUAACACUUUCUAUUUUAACCAAAACUAUUUAAUUAUUAUUCCAAAUUAAAUAAAAAAGGUAUCUAUGCAGUUAAAUACAUCCUAACAAAAAGUAAUAAAAUAUUAUAGAUAUUUUCAACUGACUUAAAUUUAUUCGAAGCUUUUUUAUUAAUUUAUUAUAUUAUUUAAAUAUUUUAAAUUGAUAGAUAUAUAUUUUUAAUUCUAUUUAUUUAUAAAUUUAAUUGAAAUUAGCUACUUAAUAUCAAAGAGAUAUCAUUCCAAAAUAACUAAAUACUAAAGAAUCUAAGCAUAAAUUAUUAAAAUAUGA